AUGACCGCUACGACCGUCGAUGAAGAGACACCCCUGCUUCCAGAGCAGCAAAAAAAGAAGCCCACUCCACUGCCGUGGGCCCAGUUCUCUAUCCUUCUAAUCCUCCAACUCGCGGAACCCCUCACCAGCCAGGUUAUUUACCCUUUCCUUCCCCAAUUAGUCCGUGAUGUAGGCGUCACCCACGGAGACGAAACUCGCGUGGGCUAUUAUGUCGGUGUCAUGCAAUCUGUAUUCUUUGCGACACAAGCCAUGACCGUCCUUCACUGGAGUCGCCUCUCAGACCACAUCGGUCGCAAGCCGGUUAUUAUGACAGGCCUGUUUGGUCUGUCGUUAUCCAUUCGAAGCCUGAACGGAGCGCUGAAUGGUAACAUUGGUGUGCUGAAGAGCAUGAUUGCGGAGAUCACGGACUCUACCAACCUUCCCCAAGCGUAUUCGUAUCUGCCAAUUGCCUGGAGUACCGGCGGCACUCUCGGACCCAUGAUAGGCGGUUUCCUCUCCAGGCCAGUCGAUCGCUUCCCAGACAUCUUCGGUGGUUCCCGAUUUCUGAGGGAGUACCCCUACUUCCUUGCAUGUGCAGUCCCUGCGACCUUCUCCGCGUUCGCGUGUCUCGUUACACUUCUGUUCCUGCGCGAGACUGUGGCAACUCCCGGCUCUGUCCGGCGUAUACUGAAGAACUGGCUCAGCAAGGAUAAUCUCGCUAUCCAGAACGUCUCGAAUGGUCAGGACAACAAGGCAACGGCCACAGUCGGGAUCGUUACUUCGGCAAAGAAGAACGAACCGCUCCCUUUAAAGCAGCUGCUGAUCCCCCGCGUUCUCAUUGCUGCGCUGAACUACGCCUGUCUCGCCCUGGUCGACAUUAGCGCUCGUGCUAUCCUGCCUGUCUUCUAUUCGACCCCUAUAGAACUUGGUGGCUUGGGCUUGGCUCCGCACCACAUUGGAAAGAUCCUCGCCAUCUACGGCAUUCUCAAUGGAUUCGUGCAGAUCUUUUACUUUGCGAAGACUCACGCCCGCUUCGGGACCAAGAACCUGUACAUCGCCGGCAUUGCAUCAUCGCUACUUGUCUUUGUUACCUUCCCAGUUAUCAACUAUCUGGCUAGGAUAGCUGGCGACAAAGAUGUCUAUGUCUGGCUCGCAGUAGGCUUCCAGGUGAUCGUAUCGAUUUUCAUCAACUUUUCCUAUGGCUGCGUCUUCAUCUAUAUCACCGCCUCAUCACCCAACCGCGCAUCCCUUGGAACUGUCAACGGCAUGGCACAGUUCAGCGUAUCCGUCGUUCGUGCCAUUGGCCCUGCCGCGGCCAAUUCGCUCUUUUCCUUAUCGAUUGACCCGAAUCGCCACUAUCUGAAUGGGCACCUGGUCUGGGGCCCCGAGGACGAGGACGAGUCAUAA